GUCAUCUUGGUUGGGGGGACACAGCUCCAGAGGUGCGGAGUUGACUAGCUAGCGACUUCCUGGAUCACCGGCUUCUCUCUGGGCGAGCGGCGCAGGGACCUCGGGCCCGGACCUCUUUCCGUCAAGAUGGCGGCGCCCAGCGCGCACGGUGGAUGCUAAGCGAGAGGUUGAGCUCAGAGACUGCAGAGCGAGUGUGUGGUCGCGCUGCUGACUUCGAAACGCCCGCGGUCUGCGUUUCCCCGGUGAAUGCUGGGCUCUUCUGUACUGUUUCCUUAUGGUGGCUGUCUGAUUUUUCAGUCCCACAAGCAAGUGCACAGGGGUUCCAGUCUCCACCUAGGAGAAUUUGUGAGAAGCUUCUAUAAUGGUCUGUUCAGCCUUCAUCAGAGCUGCCCAUGAACACAUUUGCCUACUAAGGAAGGUCAGUCAUGUCUUCAGAUGCCAUCAGCAUCGGACCUGGGGCUCAAGGCCAGCUGCAUCCCAGUUCGUUGCCCAAGCUGCUCCGGGCAGUGUGGUAGAGGUGCUGGGAAAAUCCUACCCUCAGGAUGACCAUACCAACCUCACCCAGAAGGUCCUUUCCAAGGUGGGCAGGAACCUGCACAACCAGAAGUACCACCCUCUGUGGCUGAUUAAGGAGAGGGUGAAGGAGCACUUCUACCAGCAGUACAUGGGCCGGCCCAGGACCCCUCUCUUCUCCGUCUACGACCAGCUUCCUCCAGUAGUCACCACCUGGCAGAACUUUGAUAGCCUGCUAAUCCCAGAGGACCACCCCAGCAGGAAGAAAGGGGACAACUAUUAUCUGAAUCGGGUGCACAUGCUGAGAGCACACACGUCAGCACACCAGUGGGACUUGCUGCAUGCGGGACUUAAUGCCUUCCUCGUGGUAGGAGAUGUGUAUAGGCGGGACCAGAUUGAUUCCCAGCACUACCCAGUUUUCCACCAGCUGGAGGGUGUCCGGCUCUUCUCCAAGCAUGAGUUAUUUGCUGGCGUAAAGGAUGGAGAAAGCUUGCAGCUCUUUGAAGAAAGUUCUCGCUCUGCUCAUAAGCAAGAGACACACACCAUGGAGGCUGUGAAGCUUGUGGAGUUUGACCUUAAACAAGUACUGACGAGGCUUAUGACACAUCUUUUUGGAGAUGGGCUGGAGGUCCGGUGGGUGGACUGCUACUUUCCCUUUACCCAUCCUUCCUUCGAGAUGGAGAUCAACUUCCGUGGAGAAUGGCUUGAAGUCCUUGGCUGUGGAGUGAUGGAACAGCAGCUUGUCAAUUCAGCUGGUGCUCAAGAUCAAGUUGGCUGGGCUUUUGGCCUGGGGUUAGAAAGACUGGCUAUGAUCCUCUACGAUAUCCCUGACAUCCGCCUCUUCUGGAGUGAGGAUGAGCGCUUCCUGAAGCAGUUCCACCUGUCAGACAUCAAUCAGACAGUCAAGUUUCAGCCUCUUAGCAAGUACCCCGCUGUGUUCAAUGACAUUUCAUUCUGGCUGCCCUCCGAGAAUUACACGGAGAAUGAUUUCUACGACAUCGUCCGAACAGUUGGAGGAGACCUGGUGGAAAAGGUUGAUCUUAUAGACAAGUUUGAACACCCAAAGACACACAGGACCAGCCACUGCUACCGUAUCACCUACCGCCACAUGGAGCGGACACUGUCCCAGAGAGAAGUCAGUAGUGUCCACCAGGCUGUACAGGAGGCUGCCGUGCAGCUGCUGGGUGUGGAGGGCCGUUUUUGAUGCCCUGGUUUUACCCAGGCUGCAGCCCUCAUGGAGCUCCAAGACUCGCUGGAAAAGGGGAAACACAUUGCUUGUGGACUGGAGUAUCUGUCAUCUUUUGAUAAAUGGGUCUGCUUUAGGACUUUCAGGAAAUAAAGGAUCACUUUUGAGAAGC